UCAAAGCAGGAAGGACAGCGAGCAUGGAAAGCGCCAAAACGACAGCAGCAGAUGCAGCAGCAGUGGCGGCCAGCAGUAAGACGGGCGAUGUUUGUGAUGGUGUAGCGACGGGAAGGCGGUCUAAGCGGGCCAAGACAACGGUGGGAAGCUAUUCCAGUUCACGGGGAACACCAGUAAAGAUGUCACGUGAAGAUUUUGCCAAGGACAUGGGAGCGAUCAAGAAGAUGCGCGGGAGGAAGGCGCUGUCCACGGAGGAAUGUCUGUGCAUCGUGCACCUGUACCUCAAGCUCAAACAACGACGACAACAGCCAAGCAGAGGGGCCCCGAAGAAGACCACGGUACAGCAGGAGGUGGCAGACUUGCUGGGCUAUUCGAGAUCGACCGUGGGCUCGAUUUUCAGUCGCUGGAAUGAGCUCAAACGCCAGAACGGUGGAAAGCCACCGGCCUCCUUCGCCAUGGAGAACGAGCGGGGCAAGCACGCCAAGGGGAAACGCAUUCCGGAGAGCAGCAGCGUCAUCGCACUGGUCCAUGACUUCGUUGAGGGGAAACGGGCGAAGCACCAGAGCGUGACCGCUGUCCAGUUGACAGAGUACUUGGAGGAGCAAGGCAUCCUCGAGAUCAAGAGAGAUCCCCUGACCAGCACCUACGACAAAGCAGCUUGGAACGCCGCACACCGCGUGACCUGCAGUUACAUGAAGAAGCACGGCUUUCUGCGUGCCAAGGAAGGCAAGUCCCGAAGCAACGAGGAAGGCGAUGGCGAUGACGGCAAUGACGGCAAUGAUGGUAGCGACGCCGACAACGGUGACAACGGUGCCGACGCCGACGACAACGACGCACGAAAGACACACGCCCAAGCUGUCUGACUUCCUGCAGCGGCUGAACCGCAACCGAGAGUUGAGGGACCGAGGUCUGCGCGAGGUGUGUGUGUACGUUUGAUGCGACUUUGCAUGUUUGUCUCCCACACACCUUCCGUGGCACU